AUGGACCUUCUCACUGCUGCCGCCUCCUCUUCCAAUGUUCAUCACCACAUCGUCCUCCCUGGCCGCCGCCGCCCCCCAGCACUAUUAACCGCCGACGCCACUUCUAAAACCCCACUAUACCAGAACCUCGGUUCCAUCGGCUUAGGCUACGGCAUCGCCAUUGCUUUCGGCUUUCUCGUCCUUCUCUCGAGCAUCCUACUCGUCUCAUACAUGUGCCUACGCUCCGCAGCUUCUCGCCGCCGUCGGGCCAUCAACCACAACCAACCCUCCUCCCCUGACAACGGCAGCUACGUCCCUCGCAUGGUCUUCGUGGCGGAAGACGACAACUCCGAAAACGACGUCGUUGUCGGUCUGGAUCAAGCCGCCAUUAAUUCGUACGUCCCUCGCAUGGUCUUCGCGGCGGAAGACGACAACUCCGAAAACGACGAUUCGGAGACGUUAAGGAUGUUGCCUGACUGUAAGCACUAUUUUCACGUUAUGUGCGUGGACGCGUGGCUCAAGCUCAACGCUUCUUGUCCUGUUUGCCGGAACUCGCCGCUUCCGACGCCUAUGUCGACUCCUCUGUCGGAGGUGGUGCCGCUUUCACAGUACUCCGAUGGCCGGCGUCGGUUGUAA